AUGGAGGCUGGCUUUGUAAUGAUACCACAGCAACAGGAGGAGAUUGGUAAUCAUAAUAAUAAAGUCAAUUGUAAUGAAGAACAGGAGUAUGCUAUUAUUGGUAGUCUGGGACAAGGUACAUUUGGAACUGUUUGUCUGAUAGAGCAUAAGCAAACACGUGUACGAUAUGCACUCAAAGAGUUAAAGUAUGGUGCAUACAUCGAUCCAAAGGCAACCAAAUACAUCACUACCGAGAAGGAGAUGCUCACCAAACUACUGGAAGGUCCACAACAUCCACAUGUAGUUGGCAUUGUUAAAGUGUUGAAUGAAACAAAGUAUAUCUUUGAAUACUGCGACCAGGGAACACUUAAACAGUACUUUGCCAAGACUGUUAAUCGUGAGGAGAGUAUCGUCAGACAUAUGUUUGUUCAGAUCUUGGCCGCAUUACAUUUCCUUCAUGACAGGACCAAGCCAAUCAUUCAUCGCGACAUCAAGAUGGAGAAUAUACUCGUCAAGCUCAUUGGUGACAAGAUCGUCUUUAAAUUGUCUGACUUUGGAUUCGCCAAGUCCAGCACUUUCCUAAAGUCACUGCAGUCGGGUGUUGGCUCAGGUCCAUAUAGAGCACCUGAGAUCAUGCAUGGAGCACCUUAUAAUCAGUCUGUGGAUAUAUACGCACUUGGUGUCACACUACUCUUUACAGCGACAGGCAAGGCAGCGUCGUUGACCACCAACGUGCCAGACUCUCAUGAGUAUAUCGAGAAGCAAUCAAUAUCCAGGGAGCUCAAGGAUUUGAUAAAGUCAAUGGUACAGAUAUCAGAGAAGCGUGUGCCAUCAGUUGUCGAGGUGCUCAAGUCUGAUUGGGUCCAAGCCAAACAGAUCAUACUCGAUGUUCAAGCUGGCCAGCACGUGACCAACUCAGCAAUCACUUUGCGCAAUCUCAUUGAUGGAUCAUAUCAAUCAAUCAUCUCCGACACGUUCAAGAUACCUGUCGAGCGCCAAGUCAUCUAUGUCUCCUACUAUGAUGGCGACACUCUCUCCCCAUUCCCAUCAUGCGUGGAUCCACUCAGACCAAUAUAUACAAUUGAGAAGAUAUAUGUAUACAAUAUUUAUACAUUCCCCAAGUUGCAAUUGAUCAGUAUAGACAACCUGAUCAAACAUAAGAAUAUGGCAGACACUGAGCGAGUGUUUAACUAUCGAUCAAAUGUACAUGUUGAGCAACAAGAGAUCCUUGAGAAGGUCCAAGACAUUGAGAAGAUGUUGAAUCACAAGACUGAUGUGUUUAGUCGAUCCAAAGCCAUCAUUAGGACCUGUCUUCAUUUAAUCCAAUCAAUCGGUUAUAGAUUGAAUGGUACUUUGUUUAAACAGGCAGUGGAUACAUGUUUGGAGGCAAUCAAGAAGUCACACUCAUACUUGCCAUUGUUUGAGAAGAUCAAACUAUUGCGAUCCUUUGAUAUCAAUGGUGUUGAAUCCGAUCAUCCACUAACCAGUCACCUACCAAAGUUCCUACAACACAUCCUAUCAUGUUCUCCAAUCGACAUGAGUGUGUUCCUAACAUCAAAGAAUCUAACAGAUUAUGGCAACUACUUGACAUUGCUUGGAAACAGGAUUGAUGAGAUCAAUUCUAACAAUACGGUGGAGGCCAUUGCCAAGGAUGUUGUACAGGUGAAGAAUAUACUGGAGGCACUUAAGAAGGAUAGUGACAUGCAGGUUAUACUAAGCACGACAGACAAUCUCAAGAGAUGUGAUAUUGUCUUUAACAAGGCGUACACUUGGUAUCUACAACUUCAAAAGAACAUGUCCAGAGAGUUGGAGAAUCUGAGCAACUACUUGCCACUACUAUUGAAGCAUAUGGGUCAUAUCGAUGCCUUGCUCAACCGAUUCACACCAAUGCCAUUUGACCAGUUGAUCGAGGAUGUCGAGAGAAUCCCAAUCUAUCAUCAACAAUGCAAGUUGGAGUAUCAAAGCAGAUCUAGCUUCAAUCACAUGCUUGGCCAGCUCCAACAGCGAUCUGCGCUAGAGCUCCAAAAGGUUAUCAACGAGGAGUUAACAAGGAGAGAGCAGUUCGGUCAUGUAGUGGCACCUAGAAACUUCACACCUGUCCAAGGUUUACCAAAGCCAAUCAAUCACAUGUCAUCGUUCCUUCCAACUCAUCCCAAGAAUGCAAACAUCAAUGAUAUGCUUGAGAGAAUGACAUUGGAUAUUGCCAAGGACACAGCACACUAUCAUCAGAACAAGUACCAAGAGCAACAGGUGGUUGGCGAGGUUCCUGUACAACCUCCUCGUGAGGAAGAGGUAGAACCCGUCUCUACAAUAUUCCAACCAUCUGAACAGAAUAGUGUCAUCUGUCUAAAGUCCGAUGCUGAUCUACUCAAAGAGAUUGGUGAAAAGGAUGUUGUCAUUGAAGUGUUGAAUGGCAAGGUCCAGACCAUGACUGGACAGAUCCAAACCAUGAGCAGCCAACUCGAAACUUUGAGCAACCAGUUACAGUCCAACGCAACAAUAAUGUCACAGCUAGAGACAAAGCUCAGUGCCGCCACGACAAGUUCCGAACAAAAAGCUGAUCAAGUGCGAGACCUGAUGGAUCAGCUAGACAACCAGUAUGAAGUGGGCUAUAAGAUGGAGUCCAAACAGAAGGAGCAAGAGUCCGAGCUCCAAAAGCUGCGCGAGCAAGUGGACGAAUAUCUAGAGCGUAUCGAGUCAAAGGAUCAAGAGCACGAAGAAAAGACAAACAGCACACGCAAUAACUUUAAACGAGUAGAAGAAGCCUUGCGUAGAGAUCAUAUUGAAAGCCGAUCCACGAUCCAGGCGCUCACUGAGAAGCUUGAGGCCAUGGAGAAGCUGCACAAUGCUAUACUCCUGGAGAAGGACUUCAAAAUCGAGCAACUUGAGAGCCAAGUCAACUCACUCAGUAUGGAGCUGGCAGACGCAAAGGCAAUCAACCAAGUCAUGGCAGAGGGCCAACAAUGA